CGAAAAUGUUUGGAACAAAUUUAAAAGAUUUAAUACGAACAAAUAAACAUUCGUUGACAACCAUAAUAGCCAUUAUAUUUGGUCUUAGUUUAGGAUUUGUAUUUAGGAUUUAUGUUUGGCCAGAUGAACAUUCUAUUGAUAAACAAAAAAUACGUUACCUUGAGCUACCAGGAUUAAUAUUUUUACGAUCAUUUCGUUUAUUAUUAGCACCAGUGUUAAUUACAUCAUUGACAACAAGUUUUUUCACUGACAAAGCUGAUAAUAAUGAAUCGAAUGAUUUACAACAACAAAGACCCGGAGGAAAAUAUGAUCUACAAAAAGUGACUGCAAUGUCAUUCAUAUUUUUUAUUUCAUUUUCAAUAUUUACCUCAAUUCUUGGUAUAAUAACGGUCAGUUUAUUGAAACCAGGAUCAUCAAAAAUUGCUACAGAAUCAUUAUUGGAAACAUUAAAUUAUACAAAUUAUGAUCCAAUAAAAUUGAAUCAAGAAUCAUUUCGAAAAAGCCAUUAUCAAAUGGAUUCUGUUUAUAAUAUUAUUCUAAAUAUCUUUCCCGAUAAUCCAUUGACACCAUUCUUCAUGAAAUCCUAUGAACAAACAGAAUUUAUUUGGCCACAAAAUUUAAGUGAAAUCAAUGAUCAAAAUUAUGUACCAAGAAAUAAAAUUCGUACAUUACAUUCAUUUGAUCCGAAUAUGUUAGGAAUUUGUGUAUUAUCAAUUUCAUUAGGUUUUAUCUUAUCAAAACUUCCAUCAUAUAAAACUGAAACUAUUCGUGCAUUAUUAAAUGAAUUGGAUGUGGUUGUAAAAUAUUUACUUGAUAUUAUGAUUCGUAUUAUGCCUAUUGGAAUGUUUUGCUGGAUGUUUACCGAAAGUUUGAAAAUGAAAUCCUUAAACAAAAUGGUCAGCCAAUUAUUCUACUUUUAUUUGAUUGCUAUUUUUUUGUUUCUUUUUAUUUGGUUCAUCUUUUAUCCGGCAAUUCAUUUUGUCAUUACACGAAACAAUCCAUAUCGUAUACAUCGUGGAGUUUUUCCAUCAUUAUUAGUUGCAGCUGCAUCAUGUUCAAGUGCACUUGCAUUACCGGUUACAAUGGAAUGUAUGGAAAAUCAUUUGAAAUUACCGAAAAUCAUUUCGAAAAUGGUUUUACCACUUGGAAUGACUAUCCAUAUGAACGGAUCUUCUAUGUACUAUCCAAUGGUUGCUGUAUUUAUUUCACAAGUAAAACAAGUUCCACAAAAUUUUCUCACAUUAAGCAUUCUAUGCAUCUUUUCAUUAGUCAUGUCGAUGGGAUUCCCGGGUGUUCCAGCUGGUGGUACGACAUUAGUUUCACAUUUGGCCUUUGCAUCCGUUUUAGGAAUCGAUAACCCACAAGAAAUUAUUGUCUUAGUGUUAACUUUUGAUUGGAUUUUUGAACGUUUACGUACCAUAACUAAUGUAAUGGGUGAUUGUUUUGUGGCUAAAUGUUUAGAAAAAUUAACUGCUAUUAAACCAUCUAAAAUAUCAUCAUCAAACAAUAUGGCUAUCACUGAUGAAGAUAUGGCAUUAAAUAAUUUUGAAAAACAGCUUGGAUAAUUGAAUAAAAAUUAAAUGACUAUUAUUGUAAAUUGAAAUAAGUGAAAACAAAAAACAACGACGACGAUGACGA